AUGAGUGGACCUCCGAAAAAAUAUUGUAUUUUUGGUUGUGAUGCUUUAGUUGCACACGGUGUACCCCAACACCGAUUCCAAAUCCUGAGAAGCGUAUUGGAGACAAACAUACAGAAACUGAUCCUAAGAAAAUAUAUGCUAAUAAAAGGUUUUGUGAUAACCAUUUUGAUUCAAUGUAUAAGACUACCGGAGGUCGUCUUAGUUGGUCAACAAUCAAUACCAACCAUUAAUUUGAAUCGUAUGCAGCAAUCACUAUUAACAUUUGUUGAAAUUGACCAUAGUUACUCCGGUCCAAGAAGAGAAUAUUCACAAUCUAAACCUUUGGCUAAUAUAUUCCUGGAACUUCUCUAUGUAAAGUGUCAC